AGACAAAUAAUAAACAAUGUCCAAGUUUUGGUUUCCUUUGAGACUCUAAAGAUUUAAUUUAGAAUGUAAACGUUGAUUUCAUCAUCCUCCAUCAUACUUGUAGAUGAUAAUAUAUAACUCAUUAAACUUAUUCUCUCUUACAUUCUACCAGUGUUGUCGGAGUACGCAUAGAGCAACGUCAACAAAUAAUUCCUGAGACAGUUUUCAAAUACAAUAUCGACACAAAAGUUCAAGACUAUACAAUUUCUUCGUGAUUUUCUGUCAUGUCUCGGUGAAAAAUCUUACUUCAAUCACCAAGAAAAUAUUAUUUUUCAUAAAACUCUGCCAUAAAUAGAAACAUUGAAUUUCAAGUUUCGUUAUAAUAAAGUAAACUUUUUAUUUCACAUGAGUGUUUUAACAAAAGUGAUUUUAUUCUGAAUUUAAGUGAUCAUAUGCAAAUAUAUUACAACAAAUCAUUUAUAAUAAAUAACAAUUAUUAACCUUAAAAAGGUGAUUUUUGUGCUACCAAAUCUCUGAUGUUUUUUUCCUAAUUUUAUCAACAGUGUCUACAUUUGUGAAAAAUUGAAAAAGCUGCAGCACUUUUAUAGAGAAUUAAAGUCAAUGAAAAGCAAAUAAAUAUUCACGAAUAAAAUAUUUCAAUUUCUCGUUGCUUUUAGUAAAUUGACUUUCAUUUAAACACAUAAUAGGAUCAAAAAGAUUGCUCUCCAAAAUGUGAUUGAUUUUUCAGUUCUGAUAAAAGAAUAUCUUAUGAAAUAUUUACUGAGUAAAAAUUGAAUAAAAUACUUUAAAAGAAUUAUUUAAACACUAUACAGUUACCAUAAAUAUGAGAAAUUAACAAGAUUUACUAAUUUAACGACGUUAAUAAGAAGAAUUUUAUUUAUGAAGUAAACUGAUUCAAAAAUUGACUUAAAUCAAUGUAUUCUACUUUAAUUGAUCGAAAAAAGAUUUCGAGUGAUAUAAUGGAAAUGAUUACUUGACAAAUGUUAAAGAAUUAAUUUUAAUACACAGGAUAAACAGAAGUCACAAAAAAGUUAAUUGAGAUAUAAUUCCAAAGUAAAAAAAUUUUCUGCUGAAUAAGCAACAAAAUCAUGGAUACCACAGAAGAUGAUCAAGAUUUUGAAGAGUUCUGGCAAGCACUUAAUCAAGAAAAUCUUACGGAAGCUGAGUAUCUCAACAGGAUACUUGGACCAAAAUAUCUACCAUCAAAAUUAGUGAUCCCUCUAACUCUGGCCUACGUAACAAUAUUUAUAAGUGGGGUAGUUGGGAAUGUUCUGGCUUGUAUUGUUAUAGUAAAAAAUUCUACAAUGCAUACAACUACCAACUACUAUUUGUUCGGUCUGGCUAUAUCUGACCUCAUUUUACUCACCCUUGGUCUACCAAAUGAACUGAGUAAUAUCUGGCAACAAUAUCCAUGGGUUCUCGGAGUAACAUUAUGCAAAGUGAGAGCAUACGUAUCAGAAGUGUCAUCUUAUGUAUCAGUUCUGACUAUUGUGGCAUUCUCAAUGGAGCGUUAUCUAGCCAUCUGCCAUCCGAUUCAAAGCUACACAAGGGACAAGCCACACAGGCCAAUUAUAAUAAUGUCCAUAGCAUGGGCAAUUGCUCUAGUCUCUGCUCUACCUUUUGCCAUUUACACUAAUGUCAAUUACGUCGAAUAUCCUCCAAAUUCUGGAGAAGUCUCUGAGGAUUCAGCAAUUUGUGCUAUGCUUCUACCAGAUAUGCCGAAUUUUCCUUUGUAUGAAUUAAGCUGUGUAAUUUUUUUUUUAAUCCCCAUGAUUAUUAUUCUUGUCGUUUAUGUACGUAUGGGUUUUAUGAUAAGGAAAAGUGCAAGAACUAAUGAAAAUCCAAUGACACAAUCAUCUGUACAUUGGGAGUCUCGACAAGUGCAGUCGAGAAAAAGUAUUAUUAAAAUGUUAAGUGCUGUAGUGGUGAUGUUUUUUUUAUGCUGGGCUCCAUUCCAUGCUCAACGGUUGCUCUAUGUGUAUGCUCAAGAAGCAGACUAUUAUCCUGAUCUUAACGAAUGGCUUUACAUUUUUAGUGGCUUAUUAUACUACUUCAGCACAACUGUUAAUCCAAUUCUUUACAAUAUUAUGAGCGUAAAAUAUCGAAAUGCGUUUAAAAAAACCAUGUGCUGUAAAAAGUCAAGAGGAAACCUUCAUGUUACAAGGCAAACUGUUUUAUGUCAAUGUGGAGCUGAAGGAGUACCACACAGUGCCAGUUUAAAGUGCUCUUUCAGAAAUACUCUAGAUCAUGCCAAAGAAAUAUUAAGAAUAAAAAAACGUAGAGACGUGAAAGUAUCUGAUGAAUAUAAUAAUAAUAAUAACAAUAACAAUAAAGAAGUAAAAGGAGAUGAUAAUACUAACAAGUAUACUUUAAUAAAUAAUCAUCCAGCUGUCCAACAACAACAAAGUCAAGAGAGUACUUCAGGAAAUAAAGCUGAGGAGACUUUUUGUGUGUAAACAGGUAACCAACUAUCAAACUUUCUGCAUAAUAAUAUUGUUCAUAAUUGUACUGUACAAUUUAAAAAAAAUCUGCUGAUAUUUUAAUAAUUACU